CCCAUGUGAAAUACAGGGCUGCAAAAUCCCUUUUUGUUAUUUAAGGCUAUAGCCUGUUAUUGUCACAAGGGGGUGCUGUGAUGCAGUCUUGUGUUCGGACGACCUUGCGUCUAGUGCGCAGGAAGCAUUACUUGUCUCUUCCUGUGAGAUCUUCCCUCUGAUGGCGGUCAAGUGCGUGUCGGAGCGCAUGGAAAAAGUAUCUUGGUAUGCAAUGCUGCAACCCGGUUAAUGAGACCAGAUUGUUUUAUGUAUAAAUGCUAAUAAGCUACUGUUUUAUUAGGCCCCGAACUCUGACCACAAAGGGAAUAACAUCUGUCAAGUUAUUUGUGUUGGAAAAUCCCGAUUGGUUUUUUUGAACUACCAGAAAGGAUUCUGGAGAACCACUGACGGCGAGAACAGCCCAAAUGAGAUCCUGGAUGAUCGUGAAAUGGUGUGGCCAGCCAUGCGAUCGGAUUGUGGAUCUUGCCUGAGAAACUGAUUCAAGCAACCCUGGAUUUCAGAUAAGCCCUAUGCACUAUUUUUCCUACCCGGAUAAUAGGGUCUGCACACUGACAAUUCCCCUACAGUACACCUGUUUGGGCUUCAAUGACUUUAAAGGACAAUUCAGACUGGACAAUUCAAACUUCACAAGAGGAACACUUUAAUCUGUUUCAUUCAUUCAAAAGAGCUCUGAUACGAUUCAGUAUAAGUCUUCCAUUUAAGUGUCUUUAUGUUAUUUUAUUUUGUUCUGUUUUGCAUCUAUUCACCUUCAAAACGCACUAUUAGUGUGCAAUUUGGUUUAUUGUGUUGUACAUGUUUAUCAAUGGUACUGAGGCAAUAAAAGUCCCAGUUAUUCACUUCCAAGCCAACUCCUUUUGUGAGUCUCUAAAACAAAACCUCCUUCUGAACCUAGAAAGAUGUCUAGGGUCUCUAUUUGAGGUGAAAGUGUACUGGUCCUGAGUAGAGGCGCUACACAAAACGUGGCGAGCCAGCCAGGAGGUUUAAUUCCUUUUAUUUUUGGAAGUUGAGCAACUGGUGCUUUCAUGCCUUUUGGGUCAAAUCAUUACAUUUGUGCAUGACAUUCUGGGUUGGAGUAAUAAGACAACAUGGAUGUAAUCCAAACUGAAGGUGUCAAAGUACCUAACUCUGUCCUAGUAGGAGGGUUAACAGGUGAUGAGGUUGACAAUGAGGUUAUUGAUUACUUAGGGCAGUUUGGUUCUAUUGGAAGAGUAAUCAAAGUAACUAGCACAGAGGCACAGUUUAAAAACACAGCCAUUGUGGAGUUCCAAUCAGGUGAACCAGUCCAGUUCCUCAAGGAUAGCUUGCCUUGCAAAAGACAAAGCCGUAACCCAAGUGUUGUCCAUCAUAUCCAGCUUCUGUCUGCACUGUAUGCUGCAGACAGGGGUUCAUGUUUAACCCAUUCUUACCUAACUGAACUGAAAGGUCUUGCUAAACUGAGUGGUGCAGAUUUUGAGAAGGUUUUGCUAGAUGAGCUGGCCAGAAUGAAGAAGUCCACUGAGAGUAACCCCACAGUUGGACCAAAUGUAACAGUGCCUAAUCAGAAUCUGCAGCUCACUAGUGACAUAGACCAAGAUGAACCAGCCAUCAUAGAGCAUCAAAGUCCUGUUAAACUGGGCAGUGAUUUAACCCACUUGCCUGAGCAUGACUCUCACUCAUCCUCUCCAAGUGUAGAGGUGACUCCCUCGCACAGAAAAACCACUAUCUACUUACCACCUGAACAGCUCACUACACCUGAAGUACAGAGAGUAGUAGUUGAGCAUGUCAUUAAGAAUAAUGAAAUGCCUUCUCAAGGUCAUGCAAAGCUCAGGCCCUUCUCGGGGAAAACCCCCUGCUCUACUUUCGAAGCUGAUUAUGAUACGUGGCGCAACAAUGUUGAAUUCCACCUCACAGAUAGCACCAUAUCUGACAAACAUAUGGUAAGGAAAAUAGUUGAGAGCCUUCUUCCACCAGCUGCUAACAUUGUAAAGCACCUUGGUCCUAACGCUUCUCCCCAUGACUAUCUCAGCCUUCUUGACUCAGCGUAUGGUACUGUUGAUGAUGGGGAUGAGCUUUUUGCCAAAUUCUUGAGCACAAACCAGAACUCAGGUGAAAAGCCUUCUGCCUAUUUACAGCGGUUGCAGAUAACCCUGAGUAAAGUCAUUAAAAGAGGCGGCAUCACUACAAAUGAUUCAGAUCGCCAACUGCUUAAACAGUUUUGUAGAGGUUGCUGGAACAACAGCUUGAUCACAACCUUGCAGCUUGAGCAGAAGAAGGACAAGCCACCUUCAUUUCCAGAGUUGCUCCUCUUGCUACGUACUGAGGAGGAUCGGCAAGCGGCAAAGUCCAGCCGAAUGAAACAGCACUUAGGCAUUUCUAAGCCUAAGGCGCAUUUAAACUCCCUUGAAGUAGGAGAGUAUGUCACUGAUGAUACAGACGUAUCAGCUGUUAAUGAUAGGCCAGUGUCUUUUGAUGCACAUAAGUUAGAAAGGAAACUUGCAAAGCUACAAGCUCAAGUGGCUUCGCUGAAAGCAUCAGCUAUUGACAGUUCAAGCCAGAACUCUGACAAGCCAAAUAAAAAAACCAAACCUAAGUUCAAGGUUCUUCCUAAGGAGAAAUCUGACCCAAGCGAGACUAAGCUCACUAAGAAGCCACGCCCAUGGUACUGCUUCAGGUGCGGCGAGGAUGGUCAUAUUGCUCCCUCUUGCAGCAAUGAACCAAACCCUGAACUAGUUGAAGUGAAACGUAAGGAGUUCAACCAGAAACUACAAGUCUGGGAGGAACAGAAUAUGUCAGCUUUAAACUAAAAUCAGUUCCUGGGGAGGGACUACCAGGAACUGAAAGUAAUCAUGAACGUCCCAAACCGGAACCUCAGAGUAAAGCAUCUUCUCUCUCUCGUGCAGCACGACCCCAGAUUAGGUUAC